CUCAGCAUCCACCGCCUUGAAUGCUCACUUCACUUCUUCAACUUCCUCAUACUCACACGUUAAAAACACAUGAAGGAAAAGGAAAAUAAAAAAGAUGAAUCUCGAAGGGAGAGAUUGUGAUGAAUCUCUCUCCCAAGUUCUCCCAAACACUUCAAAGCCUACGCAGAUUCAGAUGGCAAACACUUCAUCCGUCGUUGAAAACGGUCAAGAAGACCGUGUUCUUGAUUUCGGGAAGAACACUGGGACUAAUCAUGGUGGUGUGAACGAGAGGUCUAAGUGGCUACUCGACUGUCCCGAGCCACCGAGCCCGUGGCUCGAGCUCAAGAACCAGGUCAAAGGCACCAUCGCUCCCCGAGCCAAGCGGUUGAAGUCUCUUCGCAGCCAGCCUGUCCCAGAACGCGUCUUUGUUAUUCUCAAAGCGGUUUUCCCAAUCUUCGGUUGGUGCAAGAACUACAAAGCUUCCAUGUUCAAGAACGAUCUCAUGGCCGGUCUAACUCUCGCCAGCCUCUGCAUUCCUCAGAGCAUUGGUUAUGCAACUCUGGCAAAACUUGACCCUCAAUAUGGCCUAUACUCCAGCGUCGUGCCGCCGCUGAUUUACGCGUUCAUGGGGACUUCAAGAGAGAUAGCCAUUGGACCCGUGGCUGUGGUUUCUCUUCUCAUAUCCUCCAUGUUGCAGAAACUAAUCGACCCCGAAACCGAUCCAACUGGCUAUAAGAAGCUGGUUUUAACCGCUACAUUUUUCGCCGGCGUCUUUCAAGCCUCUUUCGGGUUAUUCAGAUUGGGGUUUCUGGUGGAUUUCCUGUCACAUGCAGCGAUCGUGGGGUUCAUGGCGGGAGCAGCCAUUGUUAUUGGACUUCAACAGCUAAAGGGUUUGCUCGGAAUCAGUAACUUCACCACCAAGACUGACAUUAUCUCUGUCCUCAGAGCCGUUUGGCAUUCGUGUCAGCAACAAUGGAGUCCUCACACAUUCAUCCUCGGAUCUUCUUUCCUAAUUUUCAUCCUAAUCGCUCGUUUCAUCGGGAAAAAGAAGAAGAAGCUGUUCUGGAUACCGGCAAUUGCUCCUCUGGUCUCUGUGAUAGUCUCAACGUUCAUGGUGUUCAUCACGAAAGCGGACGAGCAUGGCGUCAAGACCGUGAGGCACAUCAAAGGAGGGCUGAAUCCGGUGUCCGUACACGACCUCGAGUUCAACAAUCCUCGUAUCGGAGAAGUCGCUAAGAUCGGAUUGAUUGUUUCCGUCGUUGCUCUUACCGAGGCAAUCGCGGUCGGGAGGUCGUUUGCAGGUAUCAAAGGGUACAGACUCGACGGCAACAAAGAGAUGGUCGCCAUUGGAUUCAUGAACAUUCUUGGUUCCUUCACUUCUUGCUACACCGCUACUGGUUCGUUCUCCCGGACGGCGGUGAAUUACGCGGCCGGAAGCGAGACGGCGAUGUCGAACAUAGUAAUGGCGGUGACCGUGUUGGUGGCGCUGCAAUGUCUAACGAAGCUACUCUUCUACACUCCCAUCGCCAUUCUUGCUUCCGUCAUUCUCUCUGCUCUUCCCGGUCUCAUCGAUCUCAACGAGGCCUAUCGCAUUUGGAAACUCGAUAAAUUCGAUUUCCUCUCUUGCAUCGGAGCUUUCUUCGGCGUUUUGUUCGCGUCCGUCGAGAUUGGCCUCCUCGUCGCGGUGGCGAUCUCAUUUGCGAAGAUCAUUCUUGUUUCGAUCCGACCAGGGAUAGAGACGCUUGGGAGAAUGCCCGGGACAAAUAUCUUUGCCGAUACCGAUCAGUACCCUAUGGCAGUCAAGAUUCCUGGAGUGUUUAUUGUCCGUGUCAAAUCCGCAUUGUUGUGCUUUGCCAAUGCCAAUUUCAUAAGAGAAAGGAUUGUGAGAUGGGUGAAUGAAGAAGAAGAAGAACAAGACACAGAGGGCAACACGCAGACGAACGUUUUCCUCGUAGUCCUUGAUGUGUCAAAUUUGAUAAACAUCGAUACUUCGGGGAUAGCCACUUUGGAGGAACUCCACAACAAUCUUACCAAACAUGGGGUUGAGCUUGCGAUCGUUAAUCCGAAAUGGGAAGUCAUUCACAAGCUGAGUCAAGCGAAGUUCGUGGACAGAAUUGGAGGGAAAGUCUACUUGACUAUUGGAGAAGCCCUCGAUGCUUGCUUUGAGUUAAAAGCUUAGAUUAAAAAAUAAACAAAUUAUGGGUUGUUGUAGUGUGUGGUUAUGUAAUGAAUCAGAAUUUGAUAAUGAUCAUCUUUGCAUGCAUGCAUGAUUAUGUGUGAUAUAACUUCAUACGUUAGUACGUAACCUAGGGCCAUGCUAAAUAAAAGCCGUACGCAUGCUAUUGUAACAAAGGGUGUCGUAUUAUAUGUCGUCACGACGUUAUGUUGUUUAUGUUAACGUCUAGGUUCGACGUAUCUUAAGCCCGAAUACGUAAUGCUAAUGUUUUUUUUAA